AUGUCAGUGUUCCACGAUGAGGUGGAGAUCGAAGACUUCGAGUACGAUGAGGAGACUGAGACCUACAGCUACCCGUGCCCCUGCGGGGACCGCUUCCUCAUCACGCGGGAGGACCUGGAGAACGGCGAGGACGUGGCCACCUGCCCCAGCUGCUCCCUGAUCCUGCGUGUCAUUUACGACCAGGAGCAGUUCAUGCGUGAUGAAGUCGUUGCAGAACCUUUGACAAACAAGGAAUUGAUUAAGUGCUGA